AAAAGAAAACAAAAACUGUCUGACUGGCAUGUAAACUUAAAACGAUGAAAGAAGCGACAGAUAUUAUUUUCCACUCUUCAUAUAACGUUACUUGACGCUGAAUGUAUGACUGGCGCAGGUGCAAAGGGUGAACAUGUCGCGUGUUACAGCUGAUCUUCAGUAUAAAACACUUGUCGAGUGUAAUUACUGUUACCCCAACGAGGUGCUUGAUGAUAUUAAAGCCGUGUCCACAGAUUUCCCAGACCUGCAGCUGUACAUGGACUUCUCUUACUUCCCCAACAAUGAUAAAAGGAAAUUGGUUCAUUUGGAUGGCACUGUACCUGUAACGUAUGAAGGCAACAACUACAACAUUCCAGUUUGCAUCUGGAUCCAUGAGACCCAUCCCAAAAACCCACCGAGGUGUAACGUCUGCCUCUCACCCUCUAUGGUGAUCAAUGCUAAAAGCAACGAUGUGGAUGCACAUGGCCGUGUUCUGCUCAACUGUCUCAGCAACUGGAAAAUUGGCUGGUCAAACCUGUCAAUAGUUCUGGAGGAGAUGGUUGCUGCCUUUCAGCGUGAAACUCCCCUUUUUGCCACCUAUCCGACCAGAACCCUGUCACUAUCUUCCCAAGCAGAGCAUUCAUGCAGCAGUUCCAUGCAGAACUCAUCGGCAGCUCAACAUGGAGUGUCCAUCUCAACAGUGAAUCAGCAUGCCAACAACACUCUACCCAAGAGUACAAAGUCCUCUUUGUAA